UACAAGCUUUCUCUAUGCAACUACUUGAAGCAUCAGAAUAGCCUUAGCAUACAUACUCAGAAUACUAAGAAUAUAUUUGAUUUCUUUAAAAGCUUUAAGAAAGCUCUCAAAGAGAUCUUUAAUAACUCUAAUAAAGAACAUACUAUAGCUUAG